AUGCCGCUCACACUCGACAAGGGUGGGAAUAAACUAAGGAGAGCGCCCCGGGCAGGCGGGCCCACGGGGCAGAGGGUGCCGGUCAACACGACGCACGGCUCACGGCUCAUCGCAGUCCUGCACCUGCAGAGCGUCGCGUCAACCCAGCGCCCGUGUCCCACAGCGCCCGGCUUUCUCCUGCGAUGCGGGCGGGCUCGGGAAAACUCCGCCGCAGACCAAAGUCUCUCCCGAGAAAGCGAGAGGAGCCUCCUGGAGAGGCCGGUGAAGAGUCGCUGGGAAGGGCCGGAAAACAAGAGGAGAAUUAGCUGUAUUGCGGGCGUUUCUCACAAGGAGGCGGGAACCACGGCCAAAGUGAAGAUGGAUCAGCACGAUGAACCACACACCCUUGGCCGCUCUCAGCAGGUGCUUAGGCAAUUGUAA